CACACACAUAUAAUAUAUAUACACACAUAUAAUAUAUAUACAUAUACUGUGUUCUUGAACUAUUGUGCCUAUAGGUUUUUCAAUUCGGAAACGAGUUUGAUUUAUUCAAUUGACGUUUCGUUCUGUCGUUAGAGGUGUUCAUAGGAUUGUUGAAUCGUUUUUUUGUUUUCUCAGAUUAACGGAGCUGUGUACUUUAGUUGGAUUUGCGAUUUUUCAGCACUGUUUCUGAAUCGACGCGAUGGUUUCCUUCGAGAUGAACGACCGCAAAAAGAUUGGGCUAGGACUGACUGGAUUUGGCAUAUUUUUCUCUUUCUUGGGAAUCGUUUUCUUCUUUGACAAGGGACUACUUGCCAUGGGAAAUAUCCUCUUCUUAUCAGGGGUGAUGUUAACUAUUGGACUGAAAUCCUCCAUGCAAUUUUUCAUGAAACGCAGCAAUUUUAAGGGAACAAUUUCUUUUGGUGUCGGCUUCUUCUUUGUUGUCAUAGGGUGGCCUGUGAUUGGAAUGAUUUUGGAGGCAUAUGGGUUUAUCGUGCUCUUCAGUGGCUUCUGGCCGACACUGGCAGUUUUUCUGCAGAAGAUACCCGUUCUUGGUUGGGUGAUCCAACAGCCAUUUAUUAGAUCGUUCUUUGACCGAUACCGCGGCAAACGAGUGCCCGUAUAACUUCAAACUAGGAAAGUACAUGGAAGUUGCAUGGGUUGGCCUACUUGUAAGUGUUUGUAAAGUACUGUCCAAUCAAUGAUUGCUUUCACUAGGUGACUGUGACUAUAAAAUGUUGUAGUUUGACGGUUUUUUUUUUUUUUUCCUCUUUUGGGUACGGUUGCAGUUGUUUGCUUCUUCUCCAUCAUUUGGUGAACCAAAAUUUAGUUUAUCAAAUUGGAAAUUUACCACUCGCA